AUGUCUCUUGGUGGGAUUAUCCUCUUGAGACUGUGUAUUCCUAUGUGCCCAAUUUCUCUGAAGCACGAGAGUAAGCCUUGGCAGGAUAAUAAUAUUCCUAUGACAUCUGUUUGGGAUAACGUUGUGUUAGUUUCGUCCAUUAGAAAUUUAACUAUAAAUUCAGCGGACUUUUGA